AGCUAUAUAAAACCUGCUGGUCCGCAGUCAGUGUGUGUCUCGUAUAGCAAGCUGAUAGUUUUGUCUUAGAGUGUGUCUCAUCUAGUUAGUUCGUGCGAGAGACGAUCGAGUUGACAGCCGGCCAGGGAGUGUCGAGGGGUCGUCGAGUGCAUCGAAGAGUCUCUUAGUGCGCGGUUAGUGCACCGUCGAGAGAGUGUGUUAAGCUCCGGGAACGACUGUCGGGAGCUGUGAGAGUCACCAACUCAUGAAGAGUCAAUUUCCAGUUGAAGAUCGACAACCUUUGUUUAAAGCAAAGAUAAUUUUUUCGCAUCCUCUUAGAAAUAAGAGAGAUCACCUGUCAAAUUUAGAGAAAGAAUUUGGAAUCCAUUGAUAAUGGCGUUGUUAAUUACUACAACUGAAAAAAUUGGAUUUAAAUGGAGGCCGCAAGACGAGCCAGAAUUAUGCGGAUAAGAUUGUAAUAAAGAAGAGGAUCGUCCUGACAAAAGAACCUGCUGAGGAGAAGAGUGUUGUUUUUUCUGUCAGAUGUAAAAAUGGCAGUCUGCUGCAAAGUUAGUAAAAAGCUGUUAGCAAUAAAAGUCACAAUGUUUGGUUGGUUUGGAGCCAGUGCUUGUAUUUUGCCGUUCAUCACUGUUCAUAUGAAGGAGUUGGGGCUGACUGUAGAAGAUACAACAAUUAUUUAUACUUUGUUACCUAUCACUCAGGUUCUUUUUUCACCGGUUGCAGGAUUUGUUGCUGACAAACUGAGGAGAUACAGAAACGUUCUUUUGUUCUUCUUAAUAAUGACCACGCUUUUGGCUGUUGCAAUGAUGUACGUUCCUGCUAUAGAAAAGAAAUACCAUGAACCAUCCAUUAUAACAAUAUUGUGUGACGCUGAAAACCUCGUCAUCGGAAGUUGCAAAAAAUUUUUUAAAAAUAAUACCUCUGAAAAUGUGAUGUAUCUAGAAUCUUGUCACUUUAAAUGCAACAAAGCAGAACAAUUUAUUAAUAUCACUUGGCCAGUAGCAAUUUACAGAACAAAUUUUCUUAGGGAGUGUGAGUACAACGUAACAUCGAUUUGUGCUUUGACUACAACAAUACUACCAUCGAACUGUAGUAUUAUAUGUAGAGAAUUAAAUGCAGUAGCCAAUGUACCGUCUCAAACCACCAGAAAAGGAUUCUACUUAACAUUUACUUUAUAUGCUGUGUUACGAAUAGCAUAUAAUAUUGUUACGGUCACGGCAUCUACUCUCGUUAAUUCUUCUGCGAUAGCUCUUACUGAAACGAAAGCAGAAGUAGGUGAAUAUGGAAAGCAAAGGUUUUGGGCAAUGUUUGCAUUAGCAAUAUUCUCACCUCUUGCUGGAAUACUAAUAGAUAUUAUUAGUGUCGAUGAUGGAAAAACCAACUAUGCUCCUGCAUUCCACAUUCAUAAUGGUUUAAUAUGCAUGGCAACUGUAGCAGCUUGGUUCGUAGAUUUUGAAAUGGAAGAUAAACCUCCAGGCUACAUCGAAACAUUUAAGAACGUCUGGAAGCUGCUGAAGUUUCCUUCAGUAUUUGUUUUCAUAAUAGUAAUAUUUUGGUUAGGAACAGUAUGGGGAUUCCUGGAGACAUUUUUAUUCUGGUUUUCACAAGAGCUUGGAAGCCCUGCUUAUUUGAUGGGCUUAACCAUUACAGUCGGUUCUCUGUCAAGUUUGCCUUUCCUCUAUUAUGCGAAAUUCUUCGUAUCUAAGAUUGGAUAUGCAAAUUUAGUAUCCUUCGGGGCCCUCAUGUACAUGAUACGUUGUGUGGGAUGUUCCUUUCUCAUUAAUCCUUGGUGGAUCAUGCCUUUCGAAGCUAUGGAAAUUUUUACGUACCAUCUGUUAUGGGUUACCGCUGUAACAUACGCAGCUCAUAUUUCACCGCCUGGUCUUCUGGCAACUAUUCAAGGCUUCCUUGAUAGUCUCCAUUUUGGCGUUGGUCAAGGAUCUGGAAGUUUGAUCGGUGGAAGCCUUAUCAGCAUUUUAGGGUAACCUUUAGAGUAAUAGGUGGAAUCUCUGGUCUAGUUGCACUAGUAUACUCUUUCCUGCAUCUAGUUUGGCUUAGGAACAAAAUCGAACAACCUCAGAUGAGAGGAAUUGCGAUCAAAAGAUUCGGCAAAGAAA